AUGACAGAAAGUGGUGGGCAGGAACAGUCAAGAUGGAUAACAACAGUUAUUAUGAGUACAGCUCUGCAGAAUCAUGAAAUAUCCACAAUUCUACAGAGGCAACAACACCGAGUUCGAUAUUCAGAAUCGGUGGAAAUUGGAUCCGUGAUUUUUUCUCUUUCUGGUGUUGCAUUUAUACUGGCAGACACUCAAGACUUGCUGAUGACAGGGGAAGAACAGUUUUUCAAAAGAAUUCAGAAGUUCAUAAACAUUCACCGGAACAGUUUUUUGGUUUUGUCAGCUGCUCUUCAUGGACCAGAAGAAUGGAAUGUCAUGUUUCGGAUUCAGAGAAGAUUCCUGGGCAGUAAUUUACGUCUAAUACCAGUUCAUAAUACUGCUGAAACUGUUAAGUUAAUGCUAACUAUAGCUAAGAUAACUUCCAAGCCACGAGCAGAUGAUAUUCGAUACAAAAUGGCAAUGAUAAAAGCCCAAAUAAUAGAAAACAGUCCAGUUUGGAAGAUGCGUCAGGAGUACCAGUUGCAUUGUAAUUAAUUUAGUGUUUGGGUUUUUUAUUCAUAAAUAGCGUGGCUACAUUUUAAACAAAAUAUAGAAUGUUCUUAAAAAUAUAGUUACAUUUCCAAAGACUGUAUAUACAAACUUAUGCAUUUGGAAUGAAAAUUUAUAUUAAAUAACUAUACAGUGGAAAAUAACAUACAUUAU